GAUUUGUCAUUUUAAAAUUCAAUGUGUUGGUCUAUGAUGUGUUUCCAUAAUUUUAGGAAUACUGCUGUUUACGCUGUUCUACUCCUAUGCCAACAUUUAUUUAUUUCCACGUAAACACAGUAACAAGUACUAAAGUCUCUUUAGGGGUAUUCUGUAGUCUUUGCUAGUACUCAGCGUCUGGCGGGCACGUGAUCGGCGGCGCGCCUAAGUAUCCUCGAGAGUGCGCAAGCCUGACAGCAUAAUGCGCGCUCCCGUGUUCCCCUGGAUGCGUGUUUACUCGGGCUCCUCUCUCCUCCCUUGAAAUGAGAGAGUUGCGGAGUGGAAGGGACAUCGUUUUACAAGAAAACCUCCACGAACGGACAUCCAAGAGCAAGAUCGGCCGACAGACGAGGGCUAGAGCGGUGUAGCGCGAGGAUACAUUGAUUUGACAUCAAGGUCAAUUAUAUUUCUGUUAAAAUAAAUAAAAAUCAGCUUCAGACACGGAGAAAUCACGAACCUCUGAGGAUGGAGCAGGCAUACGGGGCUGGCAAGGCUGGUGGCACCUUCGAUCCAAUUACGUUCUUUCAGCAACCGCAGGCUAUUCUACGCAUAGUGUCAUGGAUCUUUUCCAUUGUGAUCUUUGGAUGCAUUGCUAAUGAGGGCUAUGUGAACCGUCCGGACGAGGUGGAGGAGCAUUGCAUCUUUAACCGUAACCAGAAUGCCUGUAACUAUGCUGUGGGGAUGGGAGCCCUGGCCUUCCUCUGCUGUGCCGCUUUCAUGGCACUGGACGUCUACUUUCCUCAGAUAAGCAGUGUUAAAGACCGCAAGAAGGCUGUUUUAGCUGAUAUUGGCAUUUCAGCUUUCUGGUCUUUCGUGUGGUUCGUGGGAUUCUGUUUCCUGGCUAAUCAGUGGCAGGUGGCUAAACCAGAAGACAACCCUCUCAAAGCGGGUGGAGACGCAGCCAGAGCAGCCAUCACCUUCGCCUUCUUCUCCAUAUUUACUUGGGGUGUUCUUGCGCUGCUGGCCCUGGAGCGCCUAAAGAAAGUCUCAUUUGAAGAGGAAUACGACAAACUGUUCACCCCUCAUACUCCACCUCCAUUUGUCUAACACUUACCCCACACAUUCUUAUUAGUUUACUAUGCCAUAGACAUCAACUACAGAAGCACUCCAUCAAAAAUCUUACAGUCAUAGAUACCAAUGAAGACAGGACGUGUGUUGUUUUUUUUUAUUACAGUGCCAUAUCAAGCCCUGAACUUCCUUGUAUGAACUGGAAAGAGUUUUAAAUGAAAUAUUACACAUAUCUACUUGGAAUUAUGACAUUAUGACAACAUGAUCUACAGUAAGAUGAUAUGAUUUUCACCUUUCAGUCUAUUCCGCCAUUUAUCAUAAAGUAAAGAGUCGGGUUAAAGGUACACUAUUUUUUUUUUAAAUGUGGGUUCAUUGAGAUUUUUUGGAAGAAAUUAAUACUUUUUUCAGCAAGUAUGCAUUGAAUUACAUACCAAACAUGGAAGUGAAUGUGUUUAUAAAGUUAGAAAAUAUUAAAAUUACAAAUAAAUGCUGUCAAUUUGAACUUUCUAUACAUCAAAUAAUGCUGAAUAAAAUGCAUCACAGUUUACAACGAAAUAAUAAUAAAACUUAUUUAUUGAGCAGCACAUGAGCAUAUUAGACUCUAAAAGAUCAUUUGUCACUGAAGACUGGAGUAAUGAUGCUGAAGAUUUAGCUUUGCAUGCCAAA